AUGGAAGUCUCAUUAAAUUUUACAGAAGAGCCAAACCCAGUGGUUAUAGGGUGUCCAUAAGGGUUCCCAAACUAUUCUAAUAUUUAGAUUCUCACAAAGAAUGGUGAAGAUGUAAGUGAACCUUAAACUAGAAAAGUAAUUAAAUUAUCCAAUGAUCAAAUGACUUGGAUUGGAAGACAAAACCAUAUAUCAUCUAAUAAUUUUGUUGGUGUACACUAAGGCAACACAAUCUCAUUACAUCCUGUAUUACUACAAGCUACUCUUUAAUAAUAAAUACACAAAUAAAAUAAGCAAUUAUAAUCUAGAAAUUCAGCACUUGAAGACGGAUUAACUUAUUUUGAACAAAGGAAAAUGGUGGCUGAAGAGAUGGGUACUAAUAAAAGUAGAAGAAAAAUGAGGUAGAUGGAAACAAACAAGGUCGAGGAGGAGAACAUUGUUUAAGCAGAGUCAAUAAAAGAAAAGUUUAAUCAGAAAUAGUAGGAAAUUUAGGAGCAGUUGGAAGUAGAGAAAGAAAUCCAUCAGAUGGAGGAGGCUGCGAUUAAAGAAGAGUUGCUUCCUGAAUUCGUUAAGGGCAAUGUCCCAGUUUUCUAAAUAUACAAUGUAAGGUCAAUCGUAUCGGAAGAAGACAUGGAAUUAUUGGACACUUCAAAAUUAUAGGUAUUUGUUAGCACAAAAAGGGAAGAUACCUUACAUCACUAUCAUCCUUAAGUCAUAUAGAUAGCUUAGGGAUUAAUAUUUGAUAACAAAACGAAAUUAACGAUCUUGAAAUACUUAGAAUAUUUAAAUAUUUUAUUUAAGUUCUAAUUCAAAUAAGUGUUCUAAAAUAAAAAUGCUUAAAAUAUUGCUCAUGAACUUGGUAUUUAUAAUCAUAAAUUGGUGACUCCGAUUUUGGAGAAAUUCUAUUAAGCAACGCCUGGACAAGGAGAGAAUGUAUUUAAUUUUAGCAGAUCAAACUUUCUGAAGGAUAAUAUUGCAUUUAUUCAUACACAAAUUUUAAUUUGACAUAAUUCCAUUAGCAAAACAUUUGAAAUUGGAUAUUAAAAAACUCAUAAUGUAUUGCAAGGAGUGUGGAUGCACAGUUACAAAAAAU